AUGUUUUUCCAAGGGAAAACUUUUGUUUUUCUCCUAUGCGUGUUCACUGUUGUGAUCGACGCGACAUUUUUAUCAUCGAGUUCCGAUGCAAGUGGUUUAGGAGAAGAAUUUGCAGAGAGAAGAACUUUUAAAAAACAUGGCAAACCGUUGGGUCUUCUAAAAAAGAAAAAAUUCGGAGGAUGGCUCCCGCAAUUGUUCGGAGGAGGAAACGUGGAAGAAUAUUCGAGUCGUCCUUUGGUACAAACGUCUUUGUCCACUCCCGUUUACAAAGUCCACAGAUAUCAAGGAGUUGAAGUUAAACCCGUGUCCGUGGCGGAAGUUUCUUUUCCAACUCCGAAACCAGUUGAAGAAGUUCAUUCCGAAGAACAUUCAUCACACGAUCAUCAUCAAUUCGAAUCAUCAUCGUUCAACAGUCACGAUCAUUCUUCUACUUUUGUUCAUGGCGGUUCUCAAAAUAACGGUCCCGAUUGCGAUCAACCUCAAACAACGAUUCACGCACCGGCUUUCCCUCAUUUUGCAACUAGUUUCAAACAACCCGUUUCCUUUGUAUCAUUACCACCUGUAACUCCUCAAUUAACAUCGACCCUAACCCUGGUAAGAGCACCUACUUUACCAUCCGUACAAUUCCCUCCGCCAUUGCCCUCGUUUCAAUUGCCUCCACCUUUGCCACCAGUUCAAUUUCCCCCACCCUUGCCAUCCAUUCAAUUCCCCAUUCCCAAUUUACCCUCUCUACCGUUUCCAACUCCAAAUCCACCUUCCGUAGAAUUGCCCCCACCAGCGGUCGAAGCACCAGCACCAACUUUGCCAGCCGUACAACUCCCCCCUCAGACCCCAGCUCUUGCUUUAAGAUUGACUCCACUUAACCUUGCUCCACUCGUUACUCAAAAGACAUCUCUGUCUCACCAUUCAGAUUUCCACCACCAUUCUUUUGACGAACAUAAACCUUCCCUUACUCCAGUAGUACCACCAUAUAAUAAUUUCCCAGUUCAAACGGUCACACCAUCUCCUCCCGUUUUGCCACCGGUCCCAUCAUUUCCUCAAGUAACACCCGUCCCACCUGCCCCCGUAUUACCACCAGUUCCUUUCCCCCCCGUAACACCUGUUCCAUCCGCUCCCGUUUUACCACCAGUCGCUUUUCCCCCCGUAACACCCGUACCAGUGGCUCCAGUUUUACCACCAGUCUCAUUCCCAACUGUAACACCUGCUCCUCUUCCUCCAGCUCCAGUUUUCCCAGCCUUCCCAUCAACUCCUGCACCACCCGUUUUCACUGAUCAUCACGAGUCAGGACAUUCUCAUCAUCAUUCUCACGGACACAGCGGUUUUCAUUCCUUGCCAGAAAAAUCUGAAGUUCCAGUAAGUGAAUCCGUUUUAACCGUAUCAGAUCACGACGACAACAACAACAACAAACAAUUCGAAUCUCAAACAGGUUUUCUUCACAAGUUAAAAGAUUGGAAAACCGAAAAAGCCACGGCAGCAUUCAAUCAUCUUCACGCAUUAAAACAACACAAAUUUUCAGGAUUUACCGAUAAGACACCUUUUGAUUCUUCCGCCGUCGUUCACCACCAAUCUCCAGUUGUCCAAAAUCCAUCAUUACCACCAUUUCAAUUUUCCCAACCGGUACCGGUACCACAACAACCAUCGUCAUUUUUCUUACCAACUCCAGUAAAUUACGAUAAUUUUCCACCGAAUCAUUUUCAACCAUCUUUAACGAACGGUUUCGGAGGACAACAUUCCGGACAAAAUUUUUACGACGAAUCCCAACAUAAUAAUCAUCAUCAUUAUCACGUUUCCGAUCGAGUUUCAUCGGCUACGGAAGAAAAAUCAUCAGUUGUUCCAGCUCCGCCAUCAUUUACUGAAAAUGAAAAAGGAAAUAAUGAUCAAAUUGAAUCGGAAACGGAAAAGAACAAAUCUUAA